CCGUUGGAUUUAGGUCUCUCCUAUAUAAACGAAUUCAUACAAACUUUGAAUUCAAACGAAUUUUUGUUUUGAAGGGUGGAAUAAGGGUUUUUAGGGCUUGGAUUUUGAUCAACUGUAGCCAUGUCGUUAACAAGUUGGUAUUAUUUGUGAUUUGUGAGGGGUUAUGCAUCACAGUGGCUAUGGAGGAGGAGAAGAUGAUGAUAAAGAAAACUUAUCUAAUAGCUCUCUAAUUGAUUAUCACCUAGAGGAGUAUGAGGAGCUUGCUGCCAUUGAAUCUAAAGACAGUGAGUCAUCCUUCUGUGGGUAUGACAAUAGCUUCAUCCCACUUUCGCAGGAGAGUUAUAAAGAUAAUGGAGCCGAGGAUAAAGCCAGGGGUCGCCGCUGUGAAGGUGAUCGCUGCCAUAAAGCUGACCCCGAGCCUGAAUUGUUAUCUGAAAGCGAAUCAUCCUAUUGUGAGUAGAGCCUCAUCCCAGUUGAAGAGUAUAGCAACAUCCCAAAAAUGGAGGAUUGGAUAGGUUCUUGGUCUUUAAAAAAUGGCAAGAGCAGAAGGGGUAUCACUAUCUAAACAUAUAUGGCUUUUACAAUAAGAAAACCAGAAUGGGAGGUUACGGUGUUAUUGUGCGUGAUCCUUGUGGAAAGCCAGUAAUUGCAUCUGCUUCUGUUCAACCCAGAGGAGUUUCUGAUUACUAUCAUGUGUUGGAUGGGGUGGAUGCUGGCCUUGCACUUGCAUUGGAACAUGGAAUAUAUGAUCUUGAACUGAUGUGCAACUCCUCAAUUGAUUGUUACAUUCGCCAGAUUUUUCAGCGAGCUGAUGGUCGUUUUCCUAACCAAUGCGGCGCUUGCAAGACGUGUUUGAGACGUGCUAUCCCUGUCUCGGACAAGGGUUUUGACGUUAUGUUUCCCCUGCUCAAGAGGAUUAUAGAUAAGCGCUCUAAGAUAAUCUGCAAAUCUCGUACUUUUUCUGUUAACACUGUUUGCUCAAGCUCAAAUAAAGCUGCAAUUCUUCUGGCAAGACAGCUUGCAAAGAAGUCUCCGCUAUCAGGUAAAUCCAAGACUGAGAUUAUCACACCGGAAGAAUUUGAGGAUGAGCUUAAAAUGAUUCUUUAUGAAGAUGCUUAUAAAGGUACACGGUUUUACCAAUCACAGCAGCGUUGGGUGUUCCAGAAAAAGGAAUUAACUGCAGUCAAAAUGGUGAAGUAGACUGCAAUGAAAAUGGUGAUCUGCUCCUUCUGUAAGGGCUUCAUUUGAGUUCACCUUCAUUGUUGAAUAUCAGAUGAACAAAUUAAGUUGAAGUUUACGUUUUGUGCAGUUUUAUCUAUAUACCAUGUCAGAACAUGGGUAGUUCUUCUUGACUGUGAGUCUCCUUCUGCAAAGGGGUUCUAUAUAUUUAUCCACUUUAUGUUUUUAUUUUGGAUAUGUUAAUGAUUGACAUAUUACAGUCCUGGUUUGUCUUUGAAUUACUGAUCAACUGUGUACUGGCUCUAAAUAAUAUCACAUUAC